UCACGUGACUUAUUUUGAUGCCGAAAAUGAGCGUCGAGCGUCAGCAUGAAAAGGCACCUUUAUAAUGGAAUAGUGUACCGCUGUUUGUUGAUAGAACUCCUUGAAAUAUAAAUUUAUUUGAAAAUAAAUCAUGCCAAAAGUACGACGAAGCAAGAAACCGCCUCCGGAUGGUUGGGAGCUAAUCGAACCGACUCUGGAAGAAUUGGAGCAGAAGAUGCGCGAAGCCGAGACGGAGCCUCAUGAAGGCAAGAGGAAACAGGAAUCCUUGUGGCCGAUAUUCAAAAUACAUCAUCAGAAAUCUCGAUAUAUAUACGACUUGUUUUAUAGGAGAAAGGCGAUUAGUCGCGAAUUAUAUGAUUAUUGUUUGAAUGAAAAUAUUGCUGACAAAAAUUUGAUCGCCAAGUGGAAGAAAGUUGGCUAUGAAAAUUUGUGCUGUCUACGCUGCAUUCAGACGAGAGACACGAAUUUCGGUACAAACUGUAUCUGCAGAGUGCCGAAAGGUAAACUUGAGGAAGGUCGAAUAGUGGAAUGCAUACAUUGUGGCUGUAGAGGAUGUUCUGGUUGAAUGCGAUACUUUCUUACAAUUCGAUAUUCACUCGCAAUACAUGAGCAUUUUUCCG